AUGGUCUCAAUUUUAAGGAGAUGCCUCGGAUGUGGAUUCGCUUUAUUUUGUAACAAAGAUUGUCAGUCGUUGGGAUGGAAGGAUCAUAAGGCGGAAUGCAAAGGAUUACGCAAAGCGCAGGUGAUUCCAGAUAUCGAAACAAGAAUGCUUGGCAGAAUAGUAUUAAGACAUAAGGAAAUAUGUGCUGGAAAGGAUAAGAAAACAGAAGGUUUCUAUAAGGAUCGUACAUCCGAGAGAAGCAUACUUGAAAUCUGGGCUCACACGGACAAGAUUCGGAAGGAUUCGUACGCAAUGAAGAAGUUUGAAGAGAUUUACGAAAGCCUAACAAAAUUCUACGAAGAGAAGUUUAUGAUGUCUAAAGAUGUUGUAUUCGAAUUGCACUGUCGAGACUAUAUCAACAGGCAUGCGAUCAGUGACAAGGGAUAUGUGAAGUCAGAUAAUCGAGCAGAAAUAUGUAUAUUUGGUGAACAUUCAUAUAAAAAUAUCAAAUCGAGUGUCCUUACAUGCGAAAGAUGUGGAAAUGAAGUUCCAAAGGACUAUGUAGUGGAAGCUGUGAACGCCAUGCGAUUCAUUGACCAGAUUUUCGAGGAUAGAGAGCUAGAACAGGUGAGUAAAAUGCCAAGUAAGACACGAGUAGAGUUCUUGGAGGAUUUGUUGGAACGAUUUACAAAGAUUUUGUCCGGUUGCAAUAUCUACCUCUGCAAGCUGGUUCAGGUGUGGUUUUCAAUCGUUGCUGACAGUCGUCAUUUACAGAACCUCAUUCCACUUAUUGAUCCGAAUAACAAUCAAGAUCUUCUUCGGUUACAUCUUCGUUCGGAAAAUUGCGUUCGACGUUGUUUUCCAAAAAAUCAUCCAGCAAUCGCAUUUCAUUUGAGGUUUGUAAAAUAA